AUGAAGAAAGAAAAGAAAGAUGAAUAUGAUGGUCAGAGUGAGAACAAUCUCAACAGUUACGAUGGUUGCAAUAAUUAUGGUGAUCUCAACGGUUACAAGAUAAAUGGAAAGUCACAAAGUGCGAAGAAGACGAAGCAGGUAGAAGGGGGGCUGUAUGACAGCAGAAAUGAAAAGGAUGCAUGUGGUGUGGGAGUCGUGGCAGACAUAAAUGGAAAAAGUUCAAGAAGUGUUAUUCAGAAGGCUAUGCAAAUACUUCUUCGAUUGAGUCAUAGAGGUGGAGUGCAAUCUAACAAUGGUGACGGUGCAGGGAUUUUAGUAGGAAUACCACAUGAUUAUUUUCAAAUGCUGAGUGACACAUGUCAAUUACCAUUUUUAUUACCCGAAAAGGGUGAGUAUGCUGUUGCACAAAUUUUUUUACCUCAUAAUGAAGAAAGAAGAUUAUUUUUAUACCAUGAAAUAGAAAAGGAGGUAUACAAUAAUGGACUUGUUGUGUUAGGUUGGAGAUCUCCAAUUCCAGUUCGUAGUGAUGUAAUAAGUGCUGAUGUAAAAAAAAGUGAACCUUUUAUAGCACAGAUGUUUGUAUGUAAAAGAUCAGUAUUUAAGAAUUACGACGAUUUUAAUAUUUAUCCAUUUUCAGAUAUAGAUUUUACAGAUGAUAGUAAUUUGAAUUUAAACAAUUUACCAGAUGAUAUAGAGUUAUUAGCCUUUUUUAUUAGGAAAAAAUUGGUUCGCUAUAAUGAUAUGUAUUUCUGUAGUUUCUCUUCAAGAACAAUUGUAUAUAAAGGAUUAUUAACACCAUCACAAAUAUACUUAUAUUUUGAAGAUUUAUUAAGCGAACAGUUCACGUCUUACUUAGCUAUGGUUCAUGUUAGAUUUUCAACAAACACAUCUCCUACGUGGUAUGCUGCUCAUCCUUUUAGAAGAAUAUGUCACAAUGGAGAGAUAAACACCAUUAGCGUUAAUUCUUUAUUAUUUCAGGAAAGAAUGCAACUAGCGAAAGCACCUAACUUUUUCAAAUCAGUAUCUAUAAAAGACUUGAGACCCAUUAAUGAAGAAAAUUAUGUUAUAUACGAUAAUGAUGAUGAAAUAAUAGAAAAAAGAGACACAUUUGAAGAUAUUAUGUUGACAAAAAAUAGAAUAAAAAAAAAAUCAAGGAGAAGGUUACUUCUUCGAUUAAAGAAAGAUUUUACCUACAACAGUUCAGCUAUUCAUUAUAAAAUAAAAAGGGAAUAUAUGAAUUCAGAUAUUAAUAGCAACUCAGAAUUUCUAAGUAAUGUGAACGAGGCUUCUGGGAGUUCAUUCAACGAUUCUAUCGAUGAUCUAACAGAUCAAGAUGAUAACAAUGUACACUCCAGGUGCAUUAAAGAAAAAAAUGUAUCAUGGGAUAAGAACAAAAAUGAAAAGAUAUUUGGUCAUUCUGUGAAUACUCAACUAAAAUAUGGAAAAUCGAAGAAAACGAAAGGUGCUAUUAGUUACCCUUCAGAUUCUUCCUUAUUUGAUAAUGCUAUCGAUUUUCUCACGAUGACAGGGAGAGAAAUAGAACAUGCAAUUAUGAUGUUAAUGCCAAGGGCAUAUCAAAAGGACCCAAAUAUAACCCCAUUAGAAAAAGCUUUCUACGAAUAUCACACAUGUUUAAUGGAACCGUGGGAUGGACCUGCAUUAAUAAUUUUUACAGAUGGAAAUAAAGUAGGUGCUUCUUUGGAUAGAAAUGGAUUAAGACCGGCUAGAUAUAGUAUUACAAAUUAUGGAUUAUUUGUGUUGUCUAGCGAAACUGGAGUUGUGGAUUUGUCUUACGACAAAAUUACACAUAAAGGCUGUGUAUAUCCAGGAAAAGUAGUUUUGAUAGAUUUCAAGGAGAAAAAAUUUUUAAGACAUGAAGAUGUAUUAAGUAAAUUUUUAAAAGAAAAACCGUAUAAAAAAUGGUUAGAUCAUUAUUCUAUCCAUUUGGAUAAUAUUAUAAAACCUGCUUCUAACAUGGAAAAUAUACGUAUGAAUGCAUAUAAAUAUGGUGCUAUUUUAAACAAAGAGAGUUACUAUACUAGUAAAGACACAGAUGAUGCAGAUGAUCUGGAUGAUGCUUACGAUGAAUCCUUAAUUAAAAAAUUAAAAGCGUUUGGAUAUACAUAUGAUGCUUUUAAUAUGAUAAUUUCUCCUAUGGUAAAACAUGCAGCAGAUGGAUUAGGAGCCAUGGGAAAUGACACAGCGUUGCCCUUUUUAAGUUACAUACGGAGAAAUUUAUUAUAUUAUUUUCAACAAACAUUUGCACAAGUAACCAAUCCAGCCAUUGAUCCUAUAAGAGAAGAAAAUAUUAUGUCUCUUAUGAGUACCCUAGGAAAAGAAGGAGAUUUAUUACAUUGCACAUAUACGAAUUGUCAACGUAUAUUUAUUAAUGGCCCUAUAUUGAAUGAAGCACUAUAUAACAUGCUCCUUCAAUUACCAGAUUUCCCACAUAUCAUAAUUGACAUGACAGUAGAUUUGAGCAAAUUAGAAUCACUAAUGUCUGGAGAUGAUGUAUCAGAUGAAAUAAAAUUUGAUGUUGUUAAGAGUAUGUCCUCACCAAAAAGAUCUUACCACGCAGAAAAUACAAAUUAUACUUUCAAAAUGGAUGAUUACAAGUAUAAGCAUAAUAAGGAAGAAUUGAAUAAAUUGAAAAAAGAGAAAAAAAACAAAAUGAUUGCUUCAAAAUAUUUAAUUAAAUUUAUAGAUAGUGUGAAUACCAAAGUAGAAAAUGCUGUACGACGAGGAAGUCAACUAAUUGUUUUAUCCCAUAGUAAUAUAAACGAAAAGAGAGUACCUAUAUUUUCUAUCAUAAUUGUAGGUGCAUUACAUAAAUAUUUGUUAAGCAAAAAUUUAAGAACCCAAUGUUCUCUCAUAGUUAAAGCUGGUGAUUGUUUCGAAAUUCAUCACUUAGCUGUGCUCCUAUCGUUUGGUGCUGAUUGUAUAUAUCCAUUUAUUCUAUAUGAAAGUUUGAGGUUUAUAAAAUAUGGGGAUAAUGAAGCCAGAUUGAGUAAUCAACAAAUGAUAAGUAAUUACAGACAUGCAGCAAACUAUGGUAUUUUAAAAAUAAUGUCAAAAAAUGGAAUUUCUACCUUGCCUAGUUAUAAAGGUUGUGGAUUAAUGCAGCCCCUAGGUAUAUCUAACGAAAUUUUAAAAAAAUGUUUCAUAAAUGUAUGCGAUUCUAUUAUUGGGGGUGUCACAUUCGAAUUUGUUGAAAAGGAAAUUUUAAAAAUGUUUUCUAAUGCUUAUCCUAAAAGAAUAUUAACGUUAAAUAUUAAAGACACGACAGAAGAGUUAGAUGAUUGUGGGGAAUAUCAUUUUAGAAGUAUAGGGAAUACACAAAUACAUAUGAAUCAUCCAGAAACUAUUAGCUUAUUACAAAAGGCAACAAGAACAGGAAAUACAGACACAUAUAAAAAAUAUUCAGAAUUACAGAACGAAUUGAUAAAUCAUUGUGAAAUUAGAGGACAAUUAGAAAUAAAUUAUAAAAAGUGUCCUUCAUAUAAUAAAAAAAAGAAAAAAAAUGAACCCAUAAAUAUACAAUUAGUAGAACCUGUGAACAAAAUUUUGCUAAGAUUUUGUACUGGGGCUAUGUCUUUUGGUUCAUUAUCAGAAGAAGCACAUCUAACUGUUACCACUGCCAUGAAUAAUAUUGGACUAAAAUCAAAUACAGGAGAAGGAGGAGAAGCAGAAGAUCGUAUAAAAUCUGAUCCAUAUGAACCUAAUACAAAUUCAGCUGUUAAACAAAUUGCUUCAGCUAGGUUUGGUGUUACAGCAUAUAGCUUGGUAAAUGCACAAGAAUUACAAAUUAAGGUUGCUCAAGGAUCAAAACCAGGAGAAGGGGGAGAAUUGCCAGGAUAUAAAGUUAGUGCAAAAAUUGCAUCUGUUAGAAGAAGUACUCCAGGUGUUGGUUUAAUUUCUCCACCUCCUCAUCAUGAUAUGUAUUCUAUUGAAGAUGUUGGACAAUUAGUAUAUGACUUGAAGAAUAUAAAUAAAGAAGCGAAGAUUUCUGUUAAAUUAGUUUCGAAGCUAGGUAUUGGUGUUAUAACAUCAGGAGUUGUGAAAGGGAAUUGUGAACAAAUUUUAAUCAGUGGCAUGUCUGGUGGUACUGGUGCAUCUAAAUGGACAUCUAUCAAGCAUGCUGGACUUCCAUGGGAAAUCGGAUUAGCUGAAGCACAUCAAACAUUAUGUAAGUCAAAGUUAAGAAAAAGAGUUAUUUUACAAAUUGAUGGACAAUUGAAAACAGGGAGAGAUGUUAUUUUAGGUGCAUUACUAGGUGCAGAAUCGUUUAGCUUUUCGACACAACCACUUAUUGCUUUGGGUUGCAUCAUGAUGAGGAAAUGUCAUCUGAAUAUUUGCCCAGUUGGUAUAUGUACACAAGAUCCUGAAUUGAGAAAAAAAUUCGCUGGAAAACCUGAAUAUAUAAUUAAUUUUUUUUUCAUGCUAGCUGAAGAAGUAAGGGAAUAUCUUGCUAGUAUGGGAUUCAGGAAAUUUUCACAAAUUAUAGGAAGAUCAGAUUUACUCAAAAAAAAAGAUCAUCUGAAAUAUGACGAAAAGAGAAAGUUGUUAGAUUUCUCAAAGUUGCUAUUUCCAGGAUGGAAAUAUUAUGCAGAAGAAGAGAUGAAAGAUCACGUAAGCAAAAGCUACUCCAAGAAUGUCAACGACAAGAAGAGAAAAACAACUGUGAUGACUUCCCGCUAUCCAAGUUACAAGUAUAAAACAUUUGGGACACACGGUACUAAUAUGAGUGUACUGGAUAAAAUGAGGAGAAAACAGGUCCUAAUUAAUGAAAAUUACAACAAGAUUAAGAAGUUCGAAUUUGUGAAAACUGGCAAGGAGGAGUGUGUUCGUGCAGCAGAAGAAAAUCAAGAUAGUGUAAAUAAUGUUGGAACAGGUCUUUAUGGUGAGACAUGCUCAUCUCCUGGGGAAUAUGACGAAGAGGAUGCCGAUGAUGCAGAAGAUGAAAGGGAUGAGGAGGAGGAGGAGGAAGAAGAAGAGGAAAAGGUUGAAGAUGAUGAAGAUGAUGAAGAAGAUGAAGAUGAUGAAGAUGAUGAAGAUGAAGAAGAUGAAGAAGAUGAUGAAGAUGAAGAAGAUGAAGAAGAAGAAGAAGAAGAUGAAGAAGAAGAGGUUGAAGAAACGGACGAAGAAAAAGAAGCAGAAGAAGAGGUAGAAGAAACGGACGAAGAAAAAGCAGAGGGAGAUGAAGUACAUGGAGAAAUGAAUGCACCUGCCCAUCCACACGGGAGAAAGCCGAGGAAAUCAAAAAAGGAAAGAACGAAGAAGAGGAUGCAUAAAUAUUUUUUGGAAGAAAAUGAUCUGAAUAAUGAACAUAUAAAAAAUGAAAGUGGAAAAUAUCAGUUAACAGCUAACGGGAGGAAUGAAAAGAAUGCAGCGGUGUGUACAACGAAGAUGAAAAAAAUGAAAAUGAGUGAAAAGAAGAUGCACGUGAAGAAAAAAGAGCCCAAACCCAUGGCGAUAUUUUGUUGUGAAACACAGAAUCAUAAAUUGUCAGAUAUCAUUGAUAGAGAAUUGAUAAGGAGAUCCAAGAUAGCUCUUCUGAAUUGUACACCUGUAAAUAUAAAGAUGCCUAUUAAAAAUACAGACAGAGCUGUAGGAGCCAUGUUAAGUUAUCAUAUAAUCCAGAAAUAUGGGGAACCUGGAUUACCAAUGGAUACAAUAAAAGUGAAAUUUCGAGGAACAGGAGGAUUAUCAUUUGGAGUUUUCCUAACUAGUGGUGUUAAUUUUGAAUUAGAAGGAGAUGCUAACGAUUUUGUAGGAAAAGGACUAUCAGGUGGUAUUAUUUCUGUACAUUUUCCUAAAACAUCAUUAUUCAUAAAUGAUUGCCAAAAAAAUAUGAUUGCAGGGAAUUCAGUUUUGUAUGGUGCUACAAAAGGAAGAGCUUUUUUUGCUGGACGAGCUGGAGAAAGAUUUGCAGUUCGUAAUUCUGGUGCUAUUGCAGUUGUUGAAGGAGUUGGAUGUCAUGGGUGUGAAUAUAUGACAAAAGGAAUAGUUGUCGUUUUGGGAGAAAUUGGUUGUAAUUUUGCUGCUGGUAUGAGUGGUGGUAUUGCAUAUGUAUUAGAUAUUAAUAAAAAAAAUGUAAAUCAUCAAAUGGUCGAUUUGAAAGUGUGUAAAACUAUGGAUGAAAAAAUGACACUGGAAAAAUUAUUACAUGAACAUUAUGAAAGAACAAAUUCAUAUACAGCCAAGAUGUUGUUACAAAAUUUGGAUGAAAAUUUACAAAGGUUUACUAAAAUUAUUCCAAGAGAUAUUAAAAGAGUUUUAACUGAAGCAUGUAUCGAAUUUGUAAAAACAGGAAAUGAAGAAGCAGCUGCAAUUUUAGAUGAUUGGGCAUCGUUAUUAAAAAAUGUUGAUCAACCAGAAAAUAUGUAUAAAAAGGCAAUGCAAUUCUUUACUACGAUUUCGGAUGAUAUUUCAGGUUUACCAAAAACCUUAGCACUGAGAAAUGUAGAUGGGUUGAUAAUUUACGACAUUUUGCAAGAUAAUCAUAGUAGAAAAUUAUUAACAGUAAAAAAUUAUACACAUGAUUUGAAUAUGGUCCAAGAAAAUGAAAAUCAUCAAGGUCAUGCGAAAAAAAAAAAAAUUUUCGAUUUUGAAAGAUUUAUUCAUAAUUUAGAAAUUUGCAGAAAAAAUAAUAGAAAAUGGAGGAGAUUUUCUGAAAUACCAUUUAAGUGUAGUGCUUUUGAUGAUUUUAAAAAUAUCUUUCCAAAAAUUCUAGAUGAAAAAUCUAAAGAAAUGAUCAAAAAGUAUAUACUUAAUGAGAAAUAUUUGCUAGAUUUGCAUCUGAAAUCGCUCAAUUCAAACACAUUUAUUGACAGCUUGAUAAUGAGAGACGAGGGGGAAGAUUACAUGAAUAUGACUCAGAACCAAAUAAGUCCAAAUGCCUACUCAUUAAAAAAUUUCCUUUAUGCAAAUGAAAAAUCAGAGACAAACACUAAGGAUGAUCAGCAAAAUGUGAAAAUCCCUGAGCGUGGUAAUAAUUUACCUGUUUCUACUGCUUCUGCACACAGUAUCACAUGUGCUUCUGUAUCAUCAGUAGAUCAAAGGGAAUGUAGAAAAGUUGAGGAAAUUUGCACCGGUUCAGUGUCUGCUGUAACAAAUUGUGCUUCUUCUCCAUCGAAGGAUAUGCGUCCCAUAGUAACAAAAAUAGUUACGCACACACAAGGUAGCUACGAAGGAGAAAUAGUUGAUUCAAACAUCCCAAACAUGAACCUAGCGAAACCGUUUUUAGCUGUAAAUCCAAAUAAAGUAACAGGAUUUAAGGAAUAUGAAAGGUUAUCUCAUCCAUUGAAAGAUAUCAGCAGUAGAGUAUUGGAUUAUUCAGAAAUUAUAGUACCAAUAAAUGGAAAAAGUAAGUUACACAAUCAAUUAUUAAAAACGCAAGCAUCUAGAUGUGUAGACUGUGGAACACCUACUUGUCAUUAUCCAAAUUCUAGUGGGGGAGGAUGUCCUUUAGGCAACAGAAUAUUUGAUUGGAAUAAUUUAAUAUAUGAAAAUGAAUGGAAAAAAGCGUUAGAAAGAUUAUUAGAUACAAAUAACUUUCCAGAAAUUACAGGUCGAGUAUGUCCAGCCCCGUGUGAAGAUGCAUGUGUUUUAAGCAUUAAUGAAAAACCAGUGUCCAUAAAAUUUAUAGAAUUAUCGAUCAUCGAAUGUGGUUUUUUAAAAAAAUGGAUUCAACCAAUUAUCCCACAUAAUAGGACAGGUAAAAAGGUGGCAAUUGUCGGUUCAGGUCCAGCAGGGUUAACAGCAGCACAACAAUUGAAUAAAGCUGGACAUGAAGUUUCCAUUUUUGAGAAGGAUGAAUAUUUUGGUGGAUUACUAAUGAAUGGUAUACCUAAUGUACGGUUAGAUAAGAAAAUUAUAGAAAGAAGGUUGAUAAUAAUGAGAAAAGAAGGAAUCAUUAUGAAAAAUAACACAAACAUAGGAACUGAUAUAACUUUGUCAGAACUGGCAACAAAUUUUGAUGCAGUUUUGUUAUCAACUGGUUAUAAAAUUCCAAGGAAAUUAAAUAUUCCAGGAUCUCAUUUAAAUAACAUUUAUUUUGCUAUGGAUUUUUUAACAACUUGUCAAAAAUCUCUUAUGAAAUCGGAUCUAACAGAUGAUAAUUAUAUAGAUGUAUCAGAGAAGCAUGUUAUCAUAUUAGGUGGUGGAAAAACAGCUGUUGACUGCAUCAGUUUGGCCAUUCGCAUGGGUGCAGCUAGCGUUUUACAAUUCACCAGACAAGAUAUUCCACCCAUGAAUAGUACAGAAUCUGCAUGGCCAGGAUUAAAGCAUAUAUUUAAGGUUGAAUAUUCACAUGAUGAAGCUAUAAUAAUCCAAGGCAGAGACCCAAGAGAAUUUUGUGUAAGGAGUAUAGAAUUUAUCUCAUCCAGUAAAGACCCCAAAAGAGUAUCUGGAAUUAGAGCUAUAAAAGUAAAAUUAAGAAAAACUCCGAAAGCUGAAAUGAGAAAACCUCUACUUCUGCGUACGACCUCUGCAAAAUCGACAGGCGCUUCUGUAGUUACAUCGAGUACUACUGUUUCUACCAUACCAAGUAACAAUGGUAUUUUGUCCAAAUUGGAAUCCAAAAAGCAAGUUCCCAAACUGGCUAAAAAAAAAUGCCAAAAAAAUGUUAUCAGAUCCACUGGAGCAGUAGCAGUAGUAGCAGCGGCAGAAACAGCUGAAAACGAAGCACCUGGGGGAGAAAACACGACUGCAAUGACGACAAGGAAAAGCACAAGUUCUCAUUCCUCUUCGCCAGGAGGUGCAAAGGGCAUUAUUAAAAACUAUCAAACAUCGAAAGAACAAAAGGAAUACACAGAUAUUCCAUUUACUGAAAGGAUUUACAAAGCUGAUGUUGUAAUUUUGGCAUUAGGAUUUUCAAAAACAGAUGAUUCCAUUUGGGAAAAUGAUUCCAUUAAGGUUGAACUUAAUAAUAAUAACUGUAUAAAAACAAAAAACAGGACUUAUCAAACUAAUUACAAAAAGAUAUUUGCCUGUGGUGACUGUAGAGUAGGCCCUAGUACUGUUGUACAAGCAAUAGCUGACGGGAGGGAUGUGGCAGCAAAAAUAGAUGAAUUUCUGAUGAAUACAAAUUCAAUUUUACCUUCUUGCAACACCUAUUAUUAUUAUCCCCCUAAUUACAAGAACGUUCCUUUUGGUACAGCUCAUUGGGGAUGA